AUGUCAGAGAAAUUUCACAGUGUAAUUGAAAUAUUUCCUGUUGAAUUAUGGCGAGAAAUAUUUGAAUAUUUCAAUUCAAAUGAUUUAUGGUAUUCAUUUCGUGGUUUAAAUAGAAGAAUUGAUGGAAUUAUUGAUCGAACAGUGUUAUAUUUAAAUUUUACAAAGCGAGGUACUUAUAGUUACUUUAUGAAAAAUAUUUUAUCACCAAUGAAGGUUAUUAAUGUUCGAUCAUUAAAAUUUACGAAUUCCAAUGAAAUACAACAUUUUUUUUCGAAUUUUUCUCUUGAUUCAUUAUUUCAUCUUCGUUUAUUAUCUUUAAAGUUUAUGUAUUCUUUUAAUGAUAAUUCAUUUACAUUCUGGAAUCAACUUUCAUCUUUGAAAUAUCUACAAUCAUUGAAAAUUAUAUUUUGGGGCAAUCAAGUCGGACCCGAUAAUAUUAUUAAAGAAAAUGAAUUUAUUAUUCGUUCAAUAUUUAAUAAAGAUUAUUGUCCAUUACUGAAAUCUUUGACCAUCAAUAUUGAUCGUACGCAAAGCGUAAUGUCAUUAAUUCCUUCGUUAAUUCCAACAACUAAAGUAACAAAUAUCAAAUAUCUGUCGCUUGAUUCAUUGACAUUUAAUGAUUUUAUUAAAUUACUUCCUGCUUUACAAAAUGUUAAAUCAUUUUAUAUAGAUAGCGAGUUAUGUUUGGACAAUGAAUCUAAUGAACCGCAACCGAAUAUGACAAUUACAAUACCAUUACUGCCUAAAUGUACUCGAUUACAUGUCGGAUUAUCAAACGAUAUAAUGUUGGAACACGUUGAAUAUUUAUUAAAACAUACUCCAAACUUAAAGGAUUUAUUUGUAUGGGGUUGGUAUCAUUUACUUGAUGCAAAAAGAUGGAAAUCGUUACUAUCAAUGCAAUGUCCGAAAUUAAAAAAAUUUGAAUUAAUAUGUAGUGGCCCCACUGAUGAUAAUGAUUUUGAUCAAGCAAUAGAGGAUUUUGAACAAAAAUGUAGAAAAACACCAUUUUGGCGUCAACGAAAUAUCUCAGUUGAAUAUGUAAAUGGUUCAGAUGAUGAUGAUUCUGAGAUUAUUUUUCGAUUUAAUAUUAAAAAAGUGAGUUUUAUGUAG